AUGAGGCUGACCUUUGAUGCAGGACUCAUCAUUACUGUGUCUGUACUUGUAGCGGCGGGUAUUGCGGUGUACGAGUCGCCGCAGUUUCAACAAUGGGUGACCACGUCGCGGCGUAAGAUUGCCUUAGCUCUGCACAACCUCGGCGAUGAGAUACAACCUCAAACUACACCAUUGAGGGAAGAUAUUUCUAUGACUGAGGAGACUGGUGAAACUGCCGAAGAACGCAGACGGAUCGCUCGGGCGGAGAUCAUGCGACGAGGAGCACUCCUUGAGUCACGACGGAAGCCCAGCCAGCCAGGCCAGCCACAUGGUAGCUUUGAUGCUCUUGUCGACGACGAGGGCCACCUACGUAAACAAAAAGACCUCGAAUAUGAGAUUCAGUCUACUGACGGGCUUACUGCUAACUCAACGGGAGUUGAUCUGGGCACUUCGGAGCCUCUCCGGCGAGGGGGCAAGCAAGUCGAGGCCGAGUCUUCGACUACACUGGCUCGGAAUCAGCUGCAUGUCGACAUUCCCUCGUCCGCUGCCUCGAGCCAUCCCUCCGAGUCUAUCAUCCAGUUUACGCCUAGAUCUGAAGCACCUGAGGGGGGCAAUCUCUUUGACCCGUAUUCUCCUAACUCUCCCUUGUCUGUCUCUGGUUCCAGCCUCACAGAAGAUCACCAGCAGAUAUAUUAUGCGCAUCCUAAUGCGCUCAGCGACAGAAUCUAUGAACGCGAUCAUCUUGCUGAGCUAGAUGGUUUCGGUCACGAGAGUGUUCAGUCUGGCAAUGAUGUUUCAGCCACCCCUUCUACCAGCGGCAGUUUGAACCAUGUCAGAGGAUUUGAGGAUGAAACAUCAGAUGGUAGUCUUAGUGAUCUUGGAGGGCAAUCUGUUGGUGGUGUGGCUACUCCAGCAUGGUCUGAUGUGGGUAGCGUCAUAAGCAACGAGGAUGCUGGACAUCAUCGGUUGCUCUGA